ACAUCCAACAUUACCACUUAAUAAUUUAUUUAUUUCCUUUAAUUGACAACAUUCACCUCUUGACAUAACACUUUUAUUGAUGGCUUCUACUAGUACCACUUGUUGUAACAAUUUACUAGUGCUUCUUAUUACUCUACUUUGCAUUAAUGUAGCAUUUGUUGCUAGUAAUUUCAACCAAGAUUUUCAGAUUACGUGGGGUGAUGGUCGUGCUAAAAUACUUAACAAUGCUAAUCUUCUCACUUUGUCACUUGACAAAGCCUCAGGCUCAGGUUUUCAAUCCAAAAAUGAAUACUUAUUUGGCAAGAUUGAUAUGCAACUUAAGCUUGUUCCAGGAAACUCUGCUGGCACUGUCACUGCUUAUUAUCUAUCAUCAAAAGGUGGAGCAUGGGAUGAAAUUGACUUUGAAUUCUUGGGAAAUUUGAGUGGUGAUCCUUACAUUCUUCACACCAAUGUGUUUAGCCAAGGAAAAGGCAACAGGGAGCAACAAUUUCAUCUAUGGUUUGAUCCAACUGCAAAUUUCCACACAUACUCAAUUCUAUGGAAUCCACAAAGAAUUGUAUUUUCUGUUGAUGGAACACCAAUAAGAGAAUUUAAGAAUUUGGAAUCAAUUGGAGUUCCAUUUCCUAAGAAUCAAGCAAUGAGGAUAUACUCAAGUCUUUGGAAUGCUGAUGAUUGGGCAACAAGAGGUGGACUUGUAAAGACAGAUUGGUCAAAAGCUCCAUUCACUGCUUCUUAUAGAAAUUUCAAUGCCAAUAAUGCUUGUAUAUGGAAUAGUGGAAAAUCCUCAUGCAAAUCAUCAUCAAAAUCCUCUACUUCCUCUGCAUCAUGGCUAUCACAAGAGCUUGAUUCAACUGGUCAGCAGAGGCUGAGGUGGGUGCAGAAGAAUUAUAUGAUUUAUAAUUACUGCUCUGAUAAGAAGAGAUUUCCACAAGGCCUUCCACUUGAAUGCACUCACUAGUUCUAUAUAUAUAUAUAUACUAUAGAAAUCUCUCUAUUGCCUCAUUUGUCAUUUUCCUAUGUAGUAUAUAUCUUCAUUCUUUUAAUUUAUGCUUAUAUUUGUUUGUUUGUACUUCUAUUUUAUUUAUUUAGCAUGUAAAAUAUCACGUGUAGUCCUAGCUAGAUCACCUUUGUAAUGUAACUAUAGAUAAUAUGAUAUGAUAUAACAGUUAUUCCAUUA